GGAUCAUGUGCCAAAUUACCCCCUCCCUGGCGAAAUAGGGAUACGUACUUUCGAAGAUACGAAAGGGGGCGCAAAAGAUUUCGAGGUGCUAAAAUAAAAGCGAAACAACGCAAGAUACAUAAGAGCAGCGAGCUUGUGGCGCGCAGAAGGGUGGCUUUUUUGCAGUACGUGCGAGUGCAUCGAAAAGCAGAAGCUCAAUAUUGAAGUGAAUUUGUGCGGAAAUUAUCAUGUGGGAUGAUGAACCUGCGCCAUGGGAUAUCGAAGAACCUCAACCCGCAGCCGAAGGUACAACGGAAGGUGCGCCGGCUGAAGGAGCCGCUCCUGAAACGCCAGUUCUAAAAUUGGAAAAGCUCGAACCACCUCAUUACAAUCAUCAUUGGGUUCGACCAUUAUUCCUUAAUUAUGAUUAUCUUUAUGAUUAUAGGAAGAACUAUUAUGAUGAUGUAAUCGACUAUCUUAAUCAAAGGCAGAAGGGUCUGUUUCGCGAACCACCUAGAGCCCAGGAAUGGGCAGAAAGAGUCCUGAGAACUUACGAUCAGAAAAAUAUAGAUAGGAGCUUCAAACGAGCGACUGAUAUGAAGAACCUCACCAAUAUAAACCUUACAUGCAGACAUUAUAGUUACCACACUCGCGCUUAUUACAGUCUUAAAUAUCAGAAGAUUUUGUGAGAUCAUUUUCUGCUCUAUUAAAAAUAAAAAUAUAAUCGUGAAAAGACAAAUUAAAUUUUACAUAUUCAUACACAUAUAUUUA